ACACGUAUUCAUUCCCUGGCAUCACAAUUAGCACAGAAAUAGACCAGCGAGAUUUUGCCCUAAAUUUACCGGAUUUUGUUGGUGUCAGAGAGCAGAGAAAGGACCCAAAAAUGGAAGCCGAAAUGGAACAGAGGAUCGAGAAGACGGUUCGGAACAUUCUAGAAUCUUCCAACAUGGACGACGUGACCGAGUACAAGAUUCGAAAGCAGGCCUCCGAGGAGCUCGCCUUAGACCUCUCCAAGCCGCCGUACAAAGCCUUCGUACGACAGGUCGUACAGUCUUUCCUCGAAAAACAACAACAGAAGCAAGAGCAAGAGGAAGAGGAGGAAGAAGAAGAAGAAGAGGACGAACAGAAGCGAAAUGGCAGGGAUUACGAUGACGAAGGCAACCUCAUCAUCUGCAAGCUAUCGGAGAAGAGAAAAGUGACGAUCCAAGAUUUCCGAGGGAAAACGUUAGUGUCGAUAAGGGAAUACUUUAAGAAAGAUGGCAAAGAGCUUCCUACUUUUAAAGGAAUCAGCAUGACUCAGGAGCAAUGGUCAGUCUUCAAGAAGAAUGUACCUGCUAUAGAAAAAGCCAUUAGGAAGAUGGAGUCUCGGUGAGAUGCGAUCUUUUGAAACUGCCAUUUUUGGUGGUUCUAGUCCGGUGGUUGUUGGCUUUGUCCAAUUAAUGCUUCUUAUUCUGUCUUGAAACCGUGAGAUGUGAUCUUUUGAAGACCCCACUCUUGGUGGUUCUAUAUUGUCCGGUGUUUGUUGGCUUUGUACAUUUAACUUCUUGUUAUCUCGUUAAUUAAACUUCUAUGGCUCUAAUAUUGUUCUCUAGUUCUUGAUUAGUUGAACUCCACAUGCUUUUGCAUGUAGAAUA